GCCGCUAUGUCCCGACCGCCGCGGGCCUCCUCGGGUUCUCCGGCCCGGCCCGCCACCGUGCUGGGCACCAUGGAGAUGGGGCGCCGCAUGGACGCGCCCACCAGCGCCGCAGCCGUGCGAUCCUUCCUGGAACGCGGCCAUACUGAGCUGGAUACGGCCUUCAUGUACAGCGACGGCCAGUCCGAGAGCAUCCUGGGUGGCCUGGGGCUCUGUCUCGGCGGCGGCGACUGCAGAGUGAAAAUCGCUACCAAGGCCAAUCCCUGGGAAGGGAGGUCCCUGAAGCCUGACAGUCUCCGGUCCCAGCUGGAGACAUCACUGAAGCGGCUGCAGUGCCCCCAGGUCGACCUCUUCUAUCUACAUGCACCUGACCAUGACACCCCUGUGGAAGAGACACUGCAGGCCUGCCACCAGCUGCACCAGGAGGGCAAGUUUGUGGAGCUUGGCCUCUCCAACUAUGCCGCCUGGGAGGUGGCUGAGAUCUGUACCCUGUGCAGGAGCAACGGCUGGAUCCUGCCCACUGUGUACCAGGGCAUGUACAACGCCACCACCCGGCAGGUGGAAACAGAGCUCUUCCCCUGCCUCAGGCACUUUGGACUGAGGUUCUACGCCUACAACCCUUUGGCUGGGGGCCUGCUGACCGGCAAGUACAAGUACGAGGACAAGGACAGGAAACAGCCUGCGGGCCGCUUCUUUGGGAACAGCUGGGCUGAGGUCUACAGGAAUCGGUUCUGGAAGGAGCACUACUUCGAGGCCAUCGACCUGGUGGAGAAGGCCCUGGGGGCUGCUUAUGGGCCAAGCGCCCCCAGCAUGACGUCGGCCGCCCUCCGGUGGAUGUACCACCACUCCCAGCUGCAGGGAGCCCCGGGGGACGCGGUCAUCCUGGGCAUGUCCAGCCUGGAGCAGCUGGAGCAGAACUUGGCGGCCACUGAGGAGGGGCCCCUGGAGCCGGCCGUCGUGCAGGCCUUUGAUCAAGCCUGGCACCUGGUUGCCCAUGAAUGUCCCAACUACUUCCGCUAGGCCUCGCCCUGACUUGGGGUGGCAGGCGGCACACACCUCUCUCUCUCUCACCUGGCCAGCUUUGACCUUUAACUGCGUUAUGUAUCCAGUUCUUCUCACAGUCCCUGUUCACAGAUCGUUUAUUUUCUCUGUUGUUAAUAUUCCCAGUGGCCUCCGUCAUGUGAUGGGGCUGCUGUCUACUCGGGCAUUUCCUGUAUGAAUAGAGCCCCUUGACCUGGCUGAAGCCCAGGCUCACAGCAAACCUGGUGAAUGUUUCCUCUGUAGCCUGCGGCCUGUGUCCUGUCCUUCCCGUGGGCUUGGUGAGAAGCAGGCAGGAGUAGGGGUUAACCUUCAAAGGGCAGGGGCAGUGGGAUGGUCUUCCCAGCCUCCUGCCCUGAAUCCAGGCUGACCCCUCAGCAGCGGGGCUGGAGGUGGCCCUCACGCUUCUUCCCACCACGAGAGACAAGAGGGCUCACACUCAGAGGUAGAUCGCCUCUCACUAAGAAUCACCUCAUUCAACACUUUGAAAUGGAAUUAUUUGGGCAAAAACCUACCGCUAGAGUCACCAUCCAGCAGAAUAAAACCUCUCAGGAUGCUGUGGGACAUUUUAACAUUCA